GUCAUCCUUUGAAAUAAUGUCUACUUUGGGCACGCUGGCGUUUGACGAGUAUGGAAGGCCUUUUAUCAUUAUUAAAGACCAAGAGCGCAAGUCACGCUUGUCAGGAUUGGAAGCACUUAAGUCUCACAUUAUGGCAGGCAAGGCAGUUGCUAAUACCCUGAGAACAUCAUUGGGACCCAACGGACUUGACAAAAUGAUGGUGGAUAAGGAUGGUCAGGUUACAGUAACUAAUGAUGGAGCCACAAUUCUUAGUAUGAUGGAUGUUGAUCAUCAAAUAGCCAAGCUCAUGGUAGAACUAUCCAAAUCUCAAGAUGAUGAAAUUGGAGAUGGGACCACUGGAGUUGUUGUUCUUGCAGGUGCUUUACUAGAACAAGCUGAGCAAUUGCUGGAUCGUGGUAUUCAUCCUAUAAGAAUUUCAGAUGGAUAUGAGCAAGCUGCAAGAAUCGCUAUUGAGAAUUUGGAUAAGAUCAGUGACAGUUUUCCUGUGGAUCCCAAUAAUAUUGAUCCGCUUAUUCAAACUGCAAUGACCACACUUGGCUCAAAAGUGAUUAACCGUUGCCACCGACAAAUGGCAGAAAUUGCAGUUAAUGCAGUUUUGACUGUAGCUGAUAUGGAACGCAAGGAUGUUGAUUUUGAGUUAAUUAAAGUUGAAGGCAAAGUUGGAGGCAAACUUGAAGACACACAACUUAUAAAAGGUGUUAUAGUGGAUAAGGACUUCAGCCAUCCUCAGAUGCCAAAGGAAGUAAAAAAUGCUAAAAUUGCAAUUCUUACCUGUCCAUUUGAACCACCUAAACCUAAGACUAAGCAUAAGCUUGAUGUGACCUCCGUAGAAGACUACAGAGCACUUCAGAAAUAUGAGAAAGAAAAGUUCCUUGAGAUGGUUAAACAGAUAAAAGACACUGGUGCAAAUCUAGCCAUAUGUCAAUGGGGUUUUGAUGAUGAAGCAAAUCAUUUAUUGUUACAAAAUGAUCUACCUGCUGUUCGCUGGGUUGGUGGACCCGAAAUAGAGUUAAUAGCUAUUGCUACUGGAGGUCGUAUUGUUCCACGAUUUUGUGAAUUAACAUCUGAAAAGCUUGGAUAUGCUGGCAUAGUUAAAGAAAUCUCCUUUGGAACAACAAAGGAUAAGAUGCUUGUUAUAGAACAAUGUAAAAAUUCAAGAGCUGUGACAAUUUUCAUCAGAGGAGGAAAUAAGAUGAUCAUUGAAGAAGCGAAGCGCUCCCUUCAUGAUGCUCUGUGUGUCAUCCGUAAUUUAGUACGAGAUAAUCGAAUUGUUUAUGGUGGUGGGGCAGCAGAGAUAUCAUGUGCACUUGCAGUUAGCCAAGCUGCUAAUACGUGUCCAUCCUUGGAACAGUAUGCAAUGCGUGCUUUUGCUGAUGCUCUGGAAACGAUUCCUAUGUCACUUGCUGAGAACAGUGGCUUGAGCCCUAUACAAACCAUGACGGAAAUACAAGCUAAACAAGUAAAAGAAAACAACCCUGCACUUGGCAUUGAUUGUCUGCAUAAGGGCACUAAUGAUAUGAAGCAGCAGCAUGUGAUUGAAACACUAAUUGGAAAAAAGCAGCAGAUUUCUUUGGCUACACAAGUUGUGAAAAUGAUUUUGAAGAUUGAUGACAUACGCCGUCCUGGUGAAACAGAGGAGUGAGAAGCUUCAGUAAUGUACUUUUUCAUUGAGAAGUCAAAUUCAGUUCAUGUAGUGGGGUUGUCCUGUUAUUUUUGCGAUACAGCUUUGAUU